UGACCGCGCUGGGGCUGCGCAGCGGGGACCUGCGCGACAGGUUUUGGCUUGUAAUUAAAGAGGAUGGACAUAUGGUCACUGGUCGGCAGGAGCCUCGGCUAGUGCUGAUUUCUGUAAGCUGUGGCAAUGGCUACUUGACGCUCAAUGCACCAGAAAUGAAGGAGCUGCAUGUUCCCGUUGAACUUUCCAGGAAAAAUAAAGUGCAUAAUUGCAGGAUCUUUGGAUCUGAUGUCCAAGGCAGAGACUGUGGAGAUGAGGCAGCUGAAUGGAUCACCUUGUUCUUGACUACACAGCCAUAUCGACUAGUACACUUUGAGCCCUCCAUGAUGGCCAGAAAUUCAAAAGAUAUCAUGCCUCUUUUCCGACCCACAGAUAAGGUUGCCUAUCCUGACUGCAGCCCAGUUAUGAUCAUCUCAGAAGCUUCACUGGAAGAUCUAAAUACAAGGCUGGAGAAAAAAGUUACAAUCCAGAACUUCAGACCCAAUAUUCUUGUUACAGGUUGUAGUGCCUUUGAGGAGGAUUCCUGGGAUGAAAUCUGCAUUGGUAGUGUGGAAAUGAAAGGGACGAUGGGUUGCCCCAGGUGUCUUUUAACAACUAUUGAUCCAAAAACUGGGAUCAUGGACAGGAAAGAACCGCUGGAAACACUGAAAAGUUACCGUCUGUGUGGUCCAUCUGAACAAUACUUAUACAAAUCCAGUCCUCUGUUUGGGUGGUAUUUUGGUGUUGAUAAGACUGGAACAAUUCAAGUUGGAGACCCUGUCUACAAAAUAAUAAAAUGAAAGAAGAUGCAUUUUGAGUAGAAGAUGCUUUCUUUGCUCUUACUGGUGAAUAAUCUUUCUUGAAGCGCAGUACCUGAAAUAAGUUUUCUUUGUAAUUUCUU